AUGGUCGUAGUGGUCGAUGUCGUAGUGGUCGAUGUCGAAGUGGUGAGGAAACUCAGAAGGAAUAGCGAUUGUACUAGUGUCCAGGCUCACUCGCCCAUUGCGUGCAAGAAGACUCUGAAUUUGACUCUCGACACGCAGAACGGAAAUGCGACCACCGUGUUUGCAACCUGCCCGACGAUUAUGGUUGAUUUUGGUUGUGGCAUUCCUGGCAAUGGCAUGGUAGUUCUUUUGACUCCUGGCCAGAUGGGCUGGGGAGAUCAGGGUGGGUUCACAUACCCCGGCACACAUGAGAUUAGGGCUCAGCGAUUAGUUUGGCAAUACAGGAGCCCGUUGGAUCUCUUCACUCUAUUUCUGUUUCUCUCCGCCAGGAUCCGCCAGUACGCCGGUCCUAAUAGAACGCGUGCCUCGUCUUCAGGAUCGCGCUAUUUCUGGAAGCUAUGA